AUGGCGUCUCCAAUUCCCGGGGCAUCCUCAGCCUCCUCGACCGAUGUCGAAAAGCAAUUCCAAGAACAAUACCUUCAGCAACAAGGCGCUUCCACAGACGUCGAAAAGGCGUCGUCGCAGCAACAGCAGCCAAAAGCCGCCACUGAGCCAGACUUUGGCCCUCCACCCGAUGGCGGCCUGGAAGCGUGGAUGGUUGUGUUAGGAGGGUUCUGCACCGUGUUUGCGAGUUUCGGAUGGAUCAAUUGUAUCGGCAUCUUUCAAGACUACUACCAAUCGCAUCAACUCAGAGCGUACUCGCCCAGCACCGUGGCAUGGAUCCCGUCUGUGGAGUCCUUUAUGCUCUUCUUCGGGGGUCCCCUUGUUGGCUACAUGACCGACCAGCUCGGCCCUCGGAUCCCCGUCCUAAUAGGCACCUUUCUCCAUGUUUUCGGCCUCAUGAUGACCUCAAUCUCCAAAGAGUACUAUCAGAUUCUCCUCUCCCAGAGCAUCUGCAGUGCCCUAGGCUGCUCGUUUCUCUUCUAUGCCCCAAUCGCCGCCCUCGGCACCUGGUUCCGCGUCCACCGAGCCCUCGCCUUCGGCAUCGUCACCGCCGGAUCUAGCAUCGGCGGCGUCGUCCUGCCCAUCAUGGUCGACCGUCUCGUCGUGCGUAUCGGCUUCGGCUGGGCCAUGCGGUCUACAGCGUUUCUGUUCCUCGGACUGCUCAUCAUUGGCAACCUCACAGUCAAGUCGAGGCUGCCUCCGUCGAGGAGGAAGUUUGACGCGAAGGAAUUUGUGACGCCUUUUGCCGAGCGGCCUUUUGCUCUUCUCACUGCCGCUGGCUUUAUGAUUUAUCUGGGUGCUUUCUUGCCGUUUACCUUUAUCAUUGUGGAGGCCAAGGCCGAAGGCAUGUCGACGAGGUUGGCCGACUAUUUGGUCCCCAUUAUAAAUGCAGCAUCCACAUUUGGCCGUAUCCUCCCCGCUCACAUGGGCGACCGCUACGGCGUCUUCAAUGUCAUGAUUCUCCUCACCCUCUUCGGCGGCAUCAUCACUCUCGCCCUUUGGCUCCCCGCGAGCUCCAAUGCGCCGCUCAUCGUCUACGGCGCCUUGUACGGCUUUGCUUCGGGGUGCUUCUUGUCUAUUAUUCCCGCCAUGGUAGCAUCCAUGUCGGACGUGCGCAAGUUGGGCACACGCACCGGUUCGCUCUACGCGGUGACUUCUGUGGGCGUAUUGAUCGGGAGCCCCAUUGCCGGCGCCAUUGUCAAUGAUCAGAAUGGGCAUUUCUCUGGCUUGAUUGUGUUCUGUGGAGUUUCGCUUCUAUUAGGAACGGCCUUGGCGAUUAUGUCGAGACACGCCUUGGUGGGUUUCCAGUUGGGGAAGAAAGUGUAG